AUGGAUAAAGUAGUAAGGAAUAGUCGAGUCGUCGUAUACAAUCGCAAGGAUAGUCCGCUUGCCACGUCCCGGACCUGGGAGAGGGAGGUUGUCGCAACCUCGGCGGCCUCGCUUGCAGCGGCAGCAGCCUCGGCCACCGCAGGAGGGACGGGCGGGAUCGAGUCAGAAGGCGGCGAACCGCUCGACCGUCUACGUCUCUGCCAGGUGCAUGGGAAGCAACCACUCGACCUCUGGAGGCUGCGGGAUGCGCUAACCACCGCCCGGCUUCACGGGAGCGAAUUUUAUUGA